ACGUCUUAUUAGGUAAGGUUUUAUUUUCGCUGUGUGUUACAAAAUUCUGUCAUAAAAUUCCCGAUGAAAUUACAUUGCGGUAAAAAUGAACUUGAAGAUGAAAGACAAGGACUCAAAACAAUUAGUCUCCGCAAUUUACUCAAAAUUCAGUGUUUCCUACGUCCUGCGAGCUGGUUGGUUUGUGCGACAACAAAUUGUUUAACUUUAUAACUUUUAUUUAUCUGCUGAAAAAUAUGGAAAAAAAUGUUGAUUAUGGUGCAAGCUGCGAUUCAAUUACAACAAAGAACAAGCGGCCUGUAAGUCCGAGCGUUGGCGAUUCUAGCGCAAAAAUUCGUCGACAACUAAUGCCUUCGGUCAGUGGCAGAUCCCAUCGUGAUUCUAAAAUGGCCAAUAUACUUAAUUAUGGCAGCGAAGAAGAGUCUGACAAAGAGGAAGAAGGGAUUACACAGCCAUUAGGGGCGCCCCGGAUGGCAAGGAUGCUUAUGGACGAAGAAGAUGAGGAAGUUGAAAGAGGUUCUAUCAACUUUACUUUGGAACGGCCUUCGCAACUACGUCGACCAUCCAUUAGUGUCUCGACGCCCGCCUCACCGACGCCUGUUUCGCCGACUCCCGUGGAGCCGAACAACAAAUUUAAAUUUGACUGGAGAGCGUUUCCAAUGUCUCAAUUUGAACCUCAUUUGAGACGAGAACCGUUCUCGCAAAUUAAUUGUGGCCCUACAGUCUCAUUCACGAAUCCAUACGAAGCUUUUAUUUCCAUAUGGAAUCGUGAAAUUAUGGAUUUGAUUGUUAGGGAGACCAACCUUUAUUCACAGCAGCUGGCAACGACCAUGCUGGAGAAUGGGAUGAUCCGUCCUACAAGUCGCAUCACUCGUUGGCAUGAUACGAAUGUAGAUGAACUUUACACAUAUUUUGCUAUUAUUCUGGCUAUGAGUUUGGUAGUAAAAAGCCAUGCAGAGGAGUACUGGAGCAACAAUAACGAUAUUUUCAAUACCCCCGGCUUCUCCACAUAUAUGUCAUACGAUAGGUUUAUGCUCAUAUCAAAAUGUCUUCAUUUUAGUAAUAAUGUUCAUUAUAACUCUGAAUUGCUAACACAACCCCAAGAUAAACUUUUUAAGAUAAAACCCAUUAUAGACCACUUAAAUUGCAAGUAUUCUGAAUUAUUCAUUCUAUCACAAAAUGUGACUCUCCAUGAAAGCUUCACUAUGAGGAAGGGUUUGCUUGACAAUCAAUUGAUACCUAACAAGGGACCGACAAUUGGAGUCAAGAUAUUUGAAGUCUGUGAGUCCAAGACGGGAUAUUUGUGGCGUUUUGAAGUGUACGUAGGCCAUGAUAUCUCGGCGCUUCAAGAAGAUAAUCAAAUUUCUGGAACAAUACCAUCUCUUGUACUCAGACUACUAAACGGUCUUGAACAUAAAGGUCACACUGUAUGGAUGGACAAUUUUUACAACUCCCCAGCACUAGCGCGGGAACUGAAAGUCCGGGGAUUCGAUUGUGCUGGAACACUUAGUACAAAUCGUCAAUUCGUACCAUCUGAAUUGGCGAAUAUAUCCGAAAAGGACAUGAUAGUCGGUCAAGUGGUGGGUUGCACCUCGGAAGAUGUGGACGUCAUGGUGUGGAGGGAUAUCGGGAAGCGCGAGGCUUUUAUUUCUACAUACCAUGGCGUCUCAAGUACCAGGUGUGGCGAAACACUGAAUCCGUCUGUUGUGCUGGAUUACAACACUUGUAUGGGCGUUGUCGACCGCAAAGCCCACCAGCUUUCUAUGUACCCCAUCGAAAGGAAGUCGACCCAGGUCUGGUAUAAAAAAAUUUUUAGAAGGCUUUUGCACGCCAGUAUCCUAAACGCACACAUUUUACUAGGAAAUCAAUUAUUGACGCACCGGAAAUUCCGGAAGGCGUUGAUAAUUGAUUUGUUAUCAGCACACGGCACACGUAUAUCCAUUUCAAAAACAAUUACAAAGUUGCAUACCCCGGCGCAGUACGACUUGAUAAAGUCCGGAAAGACAGACCGAUUAAAGCGUAAGUGCGCCGUCUGCGGGAAACGGACCAUCACGUACUGCAAAGCAUGCAACGUGGCAAUGUGUCUUUUCACUUGCUACGAGCCAUACCACAAUUCACAUUAACACUACAUAAUGUUAACACCCACACACACACAAAGAGUAUUUGGGCACUGGUGUUCAAGAUAACUCUAAAAAAUAAACCCCAAAUACCCCAAAUACUGAAACGGUAUUUCAAUUUAGAGGCCUCUAAAUUAAAUCUAAAAUUUGUUAGAUUUUUUAUUUUUUUCGCAUACCUUUAAAUGUAAAUGCAGUUUCAGUAUUUGCGCGUUAAUGUGCCAUCCAUAUAGUUGUGACUCUCCACUGUCGCGACUUUGUUUCGUUUUUCUCUUUUUAUGAUUUUUUCUUUCUAAUUGAUUUAUUUACAAUUGGUUUUUUGCUUCUUGUACUUGUAACAAUACACACAAUAAUACAAACAAUUUUAAUUUUGUCUUAGCAAUGAUGAAAUAAAAGUAAGUUUAACAAAACUCAAGUCAUAUAUUUUUUUGGGAAUAAGUCAUAUCCAUACUAAGUCGUCUUUAUGGACAUGAUCAUUUUUCACUAUGUUUAUGAACAUUUUUGUAAUAUAUUUUUCAUCGAAACAUGUGGCUUUUUUUUAUUAGAUUGAGUGCCUAGUUUCAUAUUGAAUAAGUAAUUAUACUACUUUUAAGUACAUUCUGCAAAAUUUUAGUUUUAAUGAGGCAUUGUUUUUUGUAACCCAUGAGUCUCACAUUUGAUGUUGAUGAUCUGUUUAAUAUAUCAUGCCAUUGUUUAAAUUAGCUUGGCAAUAAGCUUAAUUUAUUGUAAACAAAACACCUUUUGUCCCUAACUUAAAGAAUGUGUCAAUAAUUCAUGAAAUAUAAGACCCACUUAGAUGACGUUAGAAAGGGGCUUUUUUGGUCCAAAGCUUAAAAAUAAGUGCAAAAUAAUAAAAAAAAUGUAUUGGAACUUAA